CAGCGUGGCGCGUGCCGGAUGUGGAAACACGUCAUCACCGCGCGCCGUUGCGGGAGCAGGCGCGGGAGCGAGGCGGCUCCGCCAUGGCUGGGAUACUCUUCGAGGACAUCUUCGAUGUGAAAGAUAUUGACCCCGAGGGCAAGAAGUUCGACCGUGUGUCUCGCCUGCACUGCGAGAGCGAGUCCUUCAAGAUGGACCUCAUCCUGGACGUCAACAUCCAGAUCUACCCCGUGGACCUCGGUGACAAAUUCCGUUUGGUCAUUGCCAGCACUCUGUAUGAGGAUGGCACAUUGGAUGAUGGGGAGUACAACCCUACAGAUGACAGGCCCUCCAGGGCAGACCAGUUCGAGUAUGUGAUGUAUGGCAAGGUGUACAGGAUUGAGGGGGAUGAGACGUCCACAGAAGCAGCCACACGCCUCUCUGCUUAUGUGUCCUAUGGGGGGCUGCUCAUGCGCCUUCAGGGAGACGCAAACAAUCUGCAUGGGUUUGAAGUGGACUCCAGAGUUUACCUGCUGAUGAAGAAGUUGGCCUUCUAGGAGAUGAUGCACCUUGGGCUGCCUGCCCCAGAGACAUUCUGCUGGCAAGCAAACAGGACACCAUCACCCCAGAUCCCACCCCAGCACCUUUGCUGCCCAGCUUCUCCAGUGGUGGUGUAGCAGGGGGCAUUCCCCCUCUGUCAUCCCAGUCUUUUCUGACUGUUUCCCUUCCAUGUAGGGGCUGGUCCCUCAUUUUCAGUGGAGACCAUGGGUGCUCUGUGGCCCUGUCUGCUGAUCUCACCUUCCUGCACUUCAAAAGCAGGCUUAGCCCCAGCUCUGGCCAGGGGCAGCUGGACUGGGACAUCCACCUGUCUGUGCUGAGGCUGGGUAUCAUUUUCUAAAGAGCUGUUCUGAGACAGGUGUGGCUCCUUAAUUAAACUGCAAUGUGUUUUCUAGA